GCAGAACGAAAAUUGCCUAUACGCGUGCACGAAGCGCGAGUUAUGUGCGUACAGAGUAUCCAUUCGCGUAUGAACAGAGGAUUAAUACUGUACGAGUCGUUCAAGUGUCCGAAACGUUGUACAUCUCUCAGUCUCACGUUGCAUUGUAUGGCUCCGCCCACCCCUCUUCUAUCUCCGAACAUGAAUCGCAAGAGCGAGAACGCUAAGGCGUGGAGAGAAGACGCGAUAUUUUUAGACUCUUUACAGCAUUAUAUCGCGUACUUACUCCGAAUACUUGGAUACACCCGUAUAUGGCCCACCGAGUCGUUUUCGCUACUUAAAAUGUUGCUUUUAACGGGAACGACGAUUAUCUUCAUAUCGGCACUCUUCCUACUCCUGCUCGCGGAAAUACUGAUGCUUACGAUGAACAUCAAUUUGAAAUUAUUUGCUAGCGUCAUCGGAGUAAUCAGUUUGCAUUGUACGGCCUUGACAAAAUGGUGUUACUGUAUAUGGAAAAAUAGAAAAAUCGUCGACCUCGUGAUGAAGUUGGAAAAAUGUCACGUACUUUGUCAAAGGAUCGAUAAGAGCGACGAAGGACAUCGAAUAUAUAGAAACGAAAUGGAACACGCGCGUAAAUAUUCCAAUCUCUUUACGUGGUGGUGGGGAGGCUCUUGCAUUUACGGCGUUCUACAUUGGAGUGUCAAUCCAUUUUUCCUAGGAAUGGCACCCGACCAGAUAAACUCGAUUAAUCGCACAUUAAAAAAAAGAAUUUUUCCGUAUAUUGCGUGGUAUCCGGUGAACAUCGACGAUACUUACAAUUACGCUUGCCUGUAUCUCAUGCAGGUACUCGCCGCAAUAUCUUCUGCGCUUGGAACUCUUUGUUACGACGCUUUUUACGUCACCAUGCUGAUAGUCAUCUGCAUGCAACUUCAAUAUAUCAACGCCAUAAUACCGAUAAAAAUAAAUUUUGAUAACGUGCCAUGUUCAGAAACCACGUUCAUUCUCGAGGACAAGUUAAAGAAAUGCGUGGAUUGUCACACAGAGAUUUUAAAAUUUUUAAAAAUGUUGCAAAUCUUUACCGGUCCAGCAAUGUUCCUGCAAUGUGUCGACACGUUAUCUAUUCUCUGUUUAGUCUCGUUCGAGGCAUCAGUAAUUAAAAUUGCGAUUGACAUGGAAUCUAUCAUGAAGUUAUUGGCUCUGCUGGAAUACUUUUUAUUGUCCGCCUUUGAAUUGUUCGCUUUCUGUUUCUGUGCCACUCAAAUCGAAUAUUUGGGCUUGCAAAUAGCACAUUCAGUGUAUUCUUGCAGAUGGGAGCUUGUAGAUUUAAAAAAAAAAACAUAUGUUGUUUCCGGAAAACAGAUAAAACAUUGUAAUAUUGGUCGAACAGUGCAAAUCAUUAUGAUGCAAGCGCAGAGACCGAUUGUUUUAACCGGCGGUCCAUUUUACGUCCUUUCAAUGGAAACUUUUAGAGUCAUAAUGAGUGUGGCAAUGUCAAAUUCUCUAAUGUUGCGUACGAUGGCAUCUAAAUGAAUAAAUUAAAAUUAAUCCGUCUACAUGUCUUUGUUCUUAAAAUAUAUAAGAGCGUGUCUGAUAGUAACAAAAUAUUGUCUGAUAGUAACAGUUGAAGUGAAAUGUGUGUAUUGUAAUUGAUUAAAGAUGA